ACUGUUCGUUUUUGUAUUUGGUACCUCCACCGUGCCUAAAAGUCACGCAGCCUCUUGUCACCACCAUCUUCAACCAACCAGAGUACACCAUGGCGGCGAACGGCGUCACCACGGCGGUAACAUCUCAGGCAUACCUGGAAGGAUCUCAGGUCAAACAAACCAAAUCACUCAUCACUGAGUUAUGCCGCCUCUUCUACACCCUCGGUUGGGUCUCCGGCACCGGCGGAAGCAUCACUGCCAAGGUCCACGACGAUUCCAUCCCAAAAUCCGACCAACUCAUCAUCAUGUCCCCCUCCGGUGUGCAAAAGGAAAGGAUGGUGGAAGAAGAUAUGUAUGUGUUAUCGUCUAAAGGUGAUAUUUUGUAUACUCCGUUCCCUAAGGGUUACCCUCACAAGCCACCUAAAUGUUCAGAUUGUGCACCUCUUUUCAUGAAGGCUUAUAUUAUGCGGAAUGCUGGUGCAGUAAUUCAUAGUCAUGGGAUGGAAUCUUGUCUUGUUACUAUGCUUGAUCCUUUAGCAAAAGAGUUUAGGAUUACUCAUAUGGAGAUGAUUAAAGGAAUUCAAGGGCAUGGUUAUUAUGAUGAGCUUGUGGUUCCGAUAAUAGAAAACACUGCUCAUGAAAGGGAGUUGACUGAAGCUCUUGCUGCAGCAAUUGAAGCGUACCCGAAAACAACUGCGGUACUGGUGCGAAACCAUGGUAUUUAUGUAUGGGGUGACUCCUGGAUUAGUGCCAAAACUCAGUCUGAAUGCUACCACUAUCUAUUUGAAGCUGCAAUCAAACUUCAUCAAUUAGGCCUUGACUGCUCAACACCAAGUCAUGGUCCAAUUCAAAGAUCCAAACCGCUUUUAGGUGGUCAAACUACAAACACAUCUCAAAAGUUUUUGUUCCAGCGUUGUAUUGUUCUUGACAUUGAAGGGACAACCACACCGAUAUCAUUUGUGACAGAUGUUCUUUUUCCAUAUGCUCGGACCAAUGUUCAAAGACAUUUAGAUGAAACAUAUGAUACUGAUAUUACUCAAGACGAUAUUAAUUUGUUACGAUCUCAAGUAGAAGAUGAUUUACAGAACGGGGUUGUGGGCGCUGUUCGAGUUCCGUAUGACGAGGCGGGAAAACAGGCGGUGAUAUCUGCGUUGGUUGCUAAUGUUGAAGGAAUGAUCAAAUCCGACAGGAAAAUUACUUCAUUAAAGCAGUUGCAAGGUCACAUAUGGCGCACUGGAUUUGAGAAAAAUGAACUUAAAGGAGUCGUAUUUGAUGAUGUACCUGGCGCUCUUGAAAAAUGGCAUGCUUGUGGGAUAAAGGUGUACAUUUAUUCAAGCGGUAGCAGAUUAGCACAGAGGCUGCUAUUUGGAUAUACAGAUUAUGGGGACUUGAGGAAUUACUUGUGUGGAUUUUUCGAUACCACUGUCGGGAACAAGAAAGAAACUAGAAGUUAUGUUGAAAUAUCAGAAUCACUUGGAGUUCAUAAGCCAUCAGAAAUCCUAUUUGUGACUGAUGUUUAUCAAGAAGCUGUUGCUGCAAAGGCAGCUGGUUUGGAGGUUCUGAUAUCACUUCGGCCCGGAAAUGGAUCACUUCCUGAGAAUCAUGGUUUCAAGACAGUCAAGUCUUUUUCAGAGAUUUGAGGUUAAUUUAGUAAACUUAUUUCGUUUCUGAAUGAAACGUGUGACACUUGUAUUAGUAAUCACUUUUUUGUUGAAAAUAAUUAAAAAGUAUUUUAAAUAAAAGAAAUCGGUUUGAUGUAUGGUAAAA